UCCUGCGGCGGCCAACAUGGCGGCCGACGCUGAUGACAGUCGUUAUUUUGUGAGAGAAAUUGAAAAAAACGACGGUUGUACCUUAAAAGUGAAACAGUGCUAUCUGGGAGAUGUUGGCUGUGUUGUCUGGGACGCAGCCAUCGUCCUAGCAAAAUAUUUAGAGACGAAACAGUUUUAUGAUCCGUCCUCGGGGGUGAACGUGUGGGCGGGCAGCAGUGUGCUGGAGUUGGGAGCUGGGACGGGAGUUGUUGGUCUCAUGGCAGCAACACUGGGAGCUCAAGUUACUGUGACAGACCUGGAGGACUUGCAGACCCUCCUGUUGGUCAACGUCCAGGACAACCGGGCACUUAUCAGUAGUGGCUCAAUUACUGUCAAGGUACUGAAAUGGGGUGAAGAUGUGUCUGAGUUCAUGCCUCACCCAGAUUAUGUCCUUAUGGCAGACUGCAUCUAUUAUGAGCAGUCUAUUGUUCCACUGGUGGAGAGCUUGAAGCUGCUCGCUGGACCGGAGACCUGCAUUAUUUGCUGCUAUGAGCAACGCACCGAGGGCGUCAACCCAAAAGUGGAACAGCAGUUUUUUGAAUUGCUGCAACAAAACUUCAGCUGUGAGGAGAUCCCUUCAGACAAGCAAGACCCAGAGUUCAGUAGUCCAGACAUCCACAUCCUGCAUAUUCGAAAAAAAGUCUGAGUUUGUGUCAUGCAGUUGUAAUCAGAGUUCCACCCUUAUGUCGCAUGAAAAUCGGACUGUGAAAUAGAAAAUGUAAAGUCAGUACCUGUAUGUGUGGAAUAUCCAUGUAUCUUCGUUUCUGCACUUUUUAAACCCUUUUUUUAUGAAAAAUAUUUUCUCACACAACAUUGUCCUGGUGUGUGUGAUUGGAGUAUAAAAAUAUUUAAAAAGUGAA